CUGAAUAUUGGUCAAAAUAUCCAAAUGUUGUUGAUGAAAGACGAGAACGUCUAUGGGAUGCAUUUCUAUCAGGUCUUCAAAAAUAUCAUUCGAUAUUGAAUGCACGUGCAAAAUUAAUGGAUGAAAAUAGUGCAUUAGCUAAACAAAAUGAUGAAUUACGUCUUCUUCUUUCGAAAUAUAUGCAAUCGAAAGUAAAUCAAGAAUUACAAAUACCACCAUCACAAAUUAUUCAAUUACAACUUGCUGAACAAUCAGCAGGAAAUGGUCCAGGUGUCUUUUAG